AAUCUGAAGUGAACUAUUAGUGAGAUUAAAUCGGGAUUAUAAUGACGCUGGGAUUUUUUACUUUGCUUUUAUUUACUUCGUGUCAUCUUCAUUAUUCCUUGGGGGAAAAACCAACGUUCAAGAUUUGUGUUCCCGCAAUUGUGCUUCCAGCAUGUACAGAAUUAAUGAACAAAAGAAGUGAAAUCGCUACAAUUGAAUGUAUUGCGGGUCGUGAUAGGGUUGAAUGUUUAAAUUUAGUUGAACGUCGUGAAGCUGAUUUUAUGGCUGUUGACCCCGAAGAUCUUUACCUAGCAAUGAAGAAGAAGAAUGAAGAUUAUUCGGUUUUCGCUGACAUUAGGACGAAAGAAGAAUUGAUGGCAGAGUUUCGUUACGAAGGCAUUUUGCUUGUCAAAAAGAAUUCUGGAAUUAAUUCACUUUCAGAUUUGCGUGGAAAGAAAUCUUGUCAUACCGGCUAUGGACGAAACGUCGGAUAUAAAAUUCCUAUAACUAAAUUGAAAUCACACAAUCUCUUCAAAAUUGACCCAGACACAAGCAUGUCGCCUGUUGAGCGUGAGUUAAAAGCUUUAUCAGAAUUCUUCAGUGAGUCGUGCUUAGUUGGAAAAUAUUCAUCAAAUGAAGAUGUUAAUAGAAAGCUUAAAAAGAGUUAUCCAAACUUAUGCGCGCUUUGUGCAGAUCCCAUUAAAUGUGACUACCCUGACAGGUUCUCAGGCUACGACGGAAGUAUUUUGUGCUUGGCCGAGAAUGGAGGUGAUGUAGCAUUCACAAAAGUUAUUUAUGUUCGGAAAUACUUUGGCCUUCCUAUUGGUCACGCAACGAAAUCUUUGACCGAGCCUCAGGCAGAUCCAAACGAUUACGAAUAUUUAUGUGAAGAUGGCUCAAAGGUGCCUGUCACAGGAAAAGCAUGCAGUUGGGCUGCCAGACCAUGGCAAGCUUAUAUAGGAAAUGGUGACAUCAAUCAAAAGGAAAUGAAUCUUCUUCAACAACGUUUAAGAAUUUUCUACGAAGAUGCUAAAAGUGCUGAUCAUGAGAAAUUUGCCAAACAAAUGAUGGUGAAUGAGAAGAAUACUGUUGUUGCCAAAGAAGAGCCAAUAUAUCCGAGAGAUCACCUUUUGAAAGCAAAAUACGCUGACGUUAUCGAACGUUCAAUACUAGACGGAAGCUCUAACGAUGAGAAAAUUAAUGUUUGUGUGUCUAGCAAUAUCGAAAUGAGGAAAUGCCAAGUGAUGCGAGAUGUUGCAUUCUCUCGUGACAUCCGACCGUCAUUUGAUUGCAUUUUAAAAGACAAAACGCUCUGUUCACAAGCAGUUAAAGAUGGUCAGGCUGACGCUAUCAUUGUGCAAGCAAAGAAUAUCGAUAAAUACGACUUCGUCGAUCUCAUGCCAAUUGUUUUCGAAGCAUAUGAUGACAACAAUAGAUACGUUGUCAUAGCUGAUGCAGAUACCACUUACAAUGAAAUUAAAAAAUCUCAUUUAAAGUUCGACUCAUCGAAUCUUCGUAGCGUUAACGCUGCAUUGCAAUUUCUGGAUAAACGUCGAAGUGAACAUACUGAAAGAGUCUGUCCAAACAAUAUUAAGAAUGAUGAGAAUGGAAAAUUACAAGUCGUGAACUCGAAAGAAUUACAUAAACAAGUACUCGAAUGAUAAAGUUUUGGUGUGCCAAAAUUUGAAAACAAAACCAUUGAGUGAAUACAAAGCUUGUAAUUUUGAUGCCAACCUGCCAGCAACUGUCUACAUUCGAAAAUCAUUGUAUCCCCAUCGGAUUGAUAGCAUCAAGCAUUCAUUUAUAUCACUCUCGGAUAAAUUUGGAAGUUUGCGCCCUCAAGAAGAUGUUUUUACUUUGUUUGGGAUGUUCGAAGAUGGUCACCCUGAUGUUCUGUUCGAUGAUGACGCAAUAAGUUUCACAACGGAACAGAAAGGAAUUGAUGAAAGAGCCUACAGAAAAAUGAGAUGUUUAAAUGAAGAAAUCAAAGGAAGAGUUUCCUACUGACAUAUUUUGUAAUUUAAAUAAUUUUAUGAACAUUCAGCUAUGUUCUAAAAUGUAUAAAAAUAAAUAAAUAUGUAGUCAGAACAAAGGAAAGAAUCUUUUGAGGAAGAUUUAGCUUCAUAAAAAGCACAUUUGAAUUAUGGUGACACUUUUUGAAUUAAUGUAGCGAAAAUACGCAUAAACAUAAAGCAUUAUUAAAAUAUGUUUCGCUUACGAAUGCCUUAUGCAGAGAGUGCUUUGAAGAGCAUUAUUAGCCUACUUAUAAUAAAUAUUUUCAUGGAAAUUUAUUUGUAAAGAUUUCUUUUCUCCUUGAGCACUUAAAAGUCUUCGAG